UGGAAGAAAGGUACGCAGGAGGCAGGAACUCUACACGAAUGGAACGUUAUCUGCUCCCACGACACACGCCCACAUCUCUCAAGUCCAGCUUCCCUCUGGUUCCCCUCAAGUUUCCCGAGCUAUGAUGCAGCAAAAGAUCACGGCGUGGAAGCCCUACUACGCUCAGCAGCCGGGGGCGCUCCUGCUGCCAUGGCCGUCGAUCCGACGAGCUUUCCCCUGCACUCCAGGCUUGUAUAGCAAGAAGACGGGGGCAGCAUCGCGGCUGGUGGUCAGGAGGAGGUGCCAAGAAAAAGAAGAGCAGAGCGGCAAUGGCGGCGGCAAACAGAAGCAGCAGCAGGAGAAGAGGACCUUCCUCAGCCUGGAGGAGGCCGGGCUGGUGGAGAUGUCCGGCCUCAGCACCCACGAGCGCUUCCUCUGCCGCCUAACCAUAUCGUCGUUGAACUUGUUGAGAGUGAUAUCGGAGCAGGAAGGCGUGGCGAUAGAGGAGCUCAACGCCGGGCGUGUGUGCGACUGGUUCUUGAAGGAUAAGCUCAAGAAGGAGCAGAACCUCGACUCCGCUGUCCUGCAGUGGGAUGAACCUGCCAUCUAGCUUCGCCGUCUUGGUUAAAGGCUUUGAUAAUUCAUUCGGUUGAGAUGAGAUAAAUAGCAUAUGGGAGGAUCGAUGCAUGAAGAUCAUGUAAACACGGUUAGCUUGCAGAGUUUUUCAGCAUUGCUCAAGGAUCAAUGCAUGUCUAAUGUUCCAUUUCAAUUCCAUGAAGAGAAAUAAACGUAUUACAACUUUGAUUUAGCUGCAACGUUUCUGUAGGCGAAGUACUACCAUUUUUAUCCAGUUUUCUGUUUUGCAAGUAUCGCGAAAAAGUUCUUGAAAAUUCAUAGUACGGAGUGAGGUGGAGAUGGAGAUGGUCCAAAUGUUGGUCGGUUGGUCCAAAAGCUUAAAAUUGUGACUGGGGAUUUAGAAGGAAAAAAAAGUCCACUCAACUGAUAAAUUAGUACAGGCCGAACAAACGCUCAUUUCGUCGAGCAACUGGUGCGCGCGCGUGUGUGCUCCUCCUUGCCACGGUUCCAAUGCGGCGAUUCUGCAGCAUCCCGCGCGGCAGGCGAGCGGCGCCGGCCGCGAGCCCCUACGGCCACCAGCCUCUCCCGCCGCCGGAGUGGAUCGAGCCGUACACGGACCUGGCGGACCCGAGCCCGUACACCUCCGCCUCGGCCGCGCCGCCUACCCCAUCGCCAUGGCUCCCGCGGGUCGUCUCCCUCGUCCUCCGCGCGCCUCCGGCCACGCUCGCUGCCGACCUCCGGGCCUUCUGCAAGACCUUCCUCCUCCGCCUCUCCCCGGCCUUCGUCGCCGCCGCGCUCCGCUCCCCGCAGCUGCUCACGCACCCGCUCCCGUCGCUCCACUUCUUCCGCUCCCUCCCCAACGGCGCCGAUCUCGCCGCCCACCCGCAGGACCUCCUCAACUGCUACGUCUCCCUCCUGCACUCCUUCGCGCACUCCAGAGAGGCUACCCCCGACGCCGCCGACCACGCGCGGCAGCUCGUCGCCGAGUUGCGCGCCCGCGGGGACGCCGUGUUGAUGCACCUCACGCCGCCGUCGUCCGCGUCGCUGAUCCGCAGCCUCGCGGCUCUCGGCCUCGCCGACGAGCUUCUGUGGGCGUGGAGCGCCAUGCGGCUCGCUGGCGUCGAACCCUCCAGGGUGACCUACAACUGCCUUCUCGAUGGCCUUGCUAACGCAGGCCUCCUUGACACUGCCAUCAACGUGUUCGACGCAAUGUCCACAGAGGAUCGAGUUCGUCCCGACGUGGUCUCCUACAACAUUCUCAUCAAGGGGUACUGCCGCGCAGGGAGGGCGCAGGAUGCUAUGGCACGGCUCGCUCACAUGCGGGAACAGGCCGAGCUCUCGCCGGAUAAGGUGACAUACCUUACACUAAUGCAGUUGCAUUACAGCGAAGGCACCUUUUCUCAGUGCAUAAGAUUGUUCCAAGAAAUGGAAGAGAUGGGAAUGGGGAAGGACAUUCCGCAACAUGCUUAUGUGCUGGUGAUUGGUGCUCUUUGCAAGGAAGGGAAGCCAUUUGAGGGACUGGCUGUGUUCGAGAGAAUGCUGAAGAGUGGUUACCCGGCCAAAGCAGCCAUGUAUACCGCGCUCAUUGACACAAUGGGUAAAUUUGGUAGGGAGAAUGAGGCAAUGCUACUCUUUGAGAGGAUGAAGGCAAGCGGUCUUGAGCUCGAUGCAAUCACAUACGGAGUCAUCGUGAACUGCUUGUGCCGGUUUGGGAAGCUGGACGAGGCCAUUUUAUGUUUCAGGAAUUGUGUAGAGAAGGGUAUUGCGGUGAAUGCUAUCUUUUAUACAAGUCUGAUUGAUGGCUUUGGGAAAGCUGGAAUGGUCGACCAAGCACAGGAGCUCUUUGAGGAGAUGAAAGUUAAAGGUUUUGUGCCCGACUCAUAUUGCUACAAUGUGCUGAUCGAUGGAUUAGCUAAAGCAGGAAGGUUGGAUGAUGCGUGUGCCUUGUACAAGAGAAUGGAAGAUGAUGGCUGUGACCAGACUGUCUACACAUAUACCAUAAUCAUUGAUGGUUUGUUCAAGAAACAUAAGAAUGAGGAGGCAAUCAAGUUCUGGAACACAAUGAUCGAUAAGGGGAUCACUCCCACAGCUGCAGCUUUCAGGACCUUUGCCAAUGGCCUCUGUCUUUCUGGCAAAUUCAGCAGGGCAUGCAGAAUAUUGGAUGAAUUGGCUCCGAUGGGGGUGAUCCCUGAGACGGCACAUGAGGAUAUGAUCAAUGUUCUGUGCAAGGCUGGCAGAUUCAAGCAGGCAUGCAAAUUGGCAGAUGGCAUUGUACAGAAGGGCCGUGAGAUACCUGGAAGGGUUCGAACGAUGAUGAUCACUGCACUCAGGAAAGCAGGGAACACUGAUCUAGCUGUCAAACUGGUGCACAGUAAGAUAGGCAUUGGAUAUGUAAGAUCUGGCAGUAUCAAAAGAAGAGUGAAAUUUCAGACCCUGUUUGUAUAAGUUGACGAUUUCAAAAAGGUGAGAGAGAAGACACGCAGAGCUGCUAAAGAUUUAUCAAAACUGAGAAGGCAUGGCAUAAGCUACACUGAACUGUUGCAUCGCAUUCUGGACAAUGUUUUGAAUCUGAAGAGCCUGCUCUCCUGCGGGAAUUUUGUUGCAAUGUUCAGGAGCCAAGAAUUAUUCUGGCAAUUUUCAGGAGCCAAGAAGCUUAAAGCAGCCAGUUUCAAACAAUUAAUGCUAUGUUUGCAUCGUUGUAUUUUUUGUGGAAGGGCUAAAGGGCUAAAAUUACUUGGGGUACAUGAAUCUCCCAGACUACUGAGAAAUACCUAUGUGAUCGACUGCAUUCUCUUCAAAGAAACGAUAGGCUGGACAAAGAAUUGCUAAGAUGGCCUAAUCAGUGGCGUACCCACCCGCGGGAAAUUUGGUCUGCUGAUCGUUUUGGGCAGACCAUCAGAUCGACAUUGUAGCGUCAAAAUAUGUGACAUGUAGUGUUUGGUUGAUGGCACGAGGAUGUGAAUAUGAUUCCACCAUUGUACUAUAACUAAGUCAUUCGGUCUCAAUUUGUCUCAUGCUCGAACCAAACACUAAAUUAUCACCGCAACUGUGCUGCUUGAUCAGUUGCUUUGGAUCA